AACAGACCUGGACGUAGGGCCCCUCUCUCCCACAUGCAAGGGCAGUGGAGUUUUUGAAGGUGUACCAUGCCAGUAUCGGAUCAACACUGAAGUUACUUAACACUGAAGUGUUUCGAAAGCACAACUAACGACUAAAGAUGUCAUACCAAACCUUUUGAGCUCAACUGCAAUGGAUGACUUAGACCACAGUGUGCUGAUAGCAGAGCAGGACUGGGACUGUUUCUGUACAGAGAGUGAGGAAUGUUCUGUUCAGCAGGCUGAGCUUGCAGCCUUAGAUGAGUCUGGCUUCAGUGACACUGAUGAUGACAAAACCUUUGUCCCCGUGUCAUCUGUUCCCACCCAAACCAGCCCUGACCAACCUUGUGAAGAAGAUCAAAUAGUAGAAUGUCAAUUACAACAUACAUCUGAGAAUUCAGAGUUUACUGAAUAUCCUAGUUCUAAGACAGAGCCACAUAAUACCAGGUUUACUGAACAGAUGUCCGAUGCUGGAGCAAAUGAACCGGGGGCUACAUAUGAAGACGGCAACCUGACUGAGAAGUUAAACUUAGAGAAAUUAAGAGGAAACUGUGAAAAUACAUUAAGCCAAGCCACAAACACACCAGUCUCUGAAAUAAAGCAUGAAAAGAGUAUAGAUGGCAUAGAAAUGCUAACUGAAAUGACAGACUGUUCAACAGUGGCCAAAAAAGAGAAGGAACGUUGGUUUGUGACUGUAAAUGACAGCCCAGUCCGUCUGAGAAUAAAGGAUCCCACCUCAGUCCAAAAAAAAAGAAGAAAAAAAAAAAAACCUUCUAAAAACUUCAGACAGAAUACCGGAGUGAUGGAGAAGUGCUCUUCCUUGAAUAACAAUACAGAACCAGAUGAAACUACUGAGAGACAAAUAACGCAGGAGACAUUUGAACAAGAAAAUAUUUCUUUUUACUCACCCAAUAUUCAAAAUGUGCUUCAUAUCGAAGAUAUUAAAUGUAUUUUGCCCACUGGGUCAUCUGAGGAUCAUCCUAUUAGUCUAAAAAAGGAAAGCAUGACAGAAAUUCCAGAAGCAAAAUUAGAAAAAAAUCCCGCAGACUCUCUAAAUUCACUUUUAACCCCCAAACAGAUGCCACAGACCAUGUUUAAAGAUCUCACUGGCUCUAUGCCACAGUACUGUGAUCAUGAAAGCGCAGUGUGUGAUAAAUAUGACAAAUCCGUAGUAGAAAUUAACUCUGAAUGUCAACAUACAACUGAUCAUUUAAGCCACUUUAAUAUUGACACAGAGGUGGAAAGUCCAGGUGCCUCUAAACCCACUGUUCCUUCAGAUACUAAAGAAGAAAAAACAGAACAGCAAGAGCCCUUGGGAAAGUCUUAUAAUAGAGAAGCAUCCCAAGAGACACAAUCCUCUAGUAACAGUGCCAAGACUUCAGGUCCAACUCCACCCAUAUUUGCCAUUUCCUCCUUUUGGGAUGAAAUGGAAAAACUGACAAUAAAUGAUAUUUUGCAGCUUAGAACAGCCAAUAACAGGACAGAAAACAUAAUUCCAGAAGAAAGCAGCCAUGUGGCCACUGUCAACACUCAUCUUCUAGAGAGGGGUGAGGUGGAAUCUAAAGAUGAUAGUUUAGAAGAUGGCCUUGUAGACGACGCAGCAGAUUCAGACUAUUUCACACAUUUGGAUGACUCUAAACCAGACCGGUCGAGCUGUGAAUUCUCAGCUUACUCUGAUUUCGAUGAAGAGUUUCUACAGCUUCUUCAUGCAAGUGCAAACCCUAGCCCUGAACCCCUUGAAGGCAAAGAGCAAACCCAAAGUUUUCUUGAGUCUGGCAUGGAUUCAGAAGAAACUUGGCGGAGUGAAUCAAAAGAGAUGGUGAAGCUGUGUCCUGAGAGUGAUCCCUCACUAUUUUCAUAUUCAGAGACAGAAGCAGAGAUGCAAGACAUAUUUCUAAUAGCUAAAGAGGGCGAGAACAUGAAUGCCUUUCUACUGGACCAUUGUAGCACAAGGAGAUCAACGCCUUCACCAGUUUUAUCGAUUUCUGAUAUUCUAGACAAUCAGUGUCUGCAGACUUUCUUCGACAUCUUGGGAAGUGACACCGAAGCAGAGCAACACCAGACUUGGAUCCCAGAUAGAAGCACUUCACUUUGUUUUUCACAGAACUUAUCUGUGGCUGAGACUUAUGAUGACUUCUUCUCAGACUUUGAAGUUGGGAAUUUUCUCUUUCCUUCAAUUCAAGUUUCAACAAAGAGUGAGAAAACACUGGUUCCUAUUUAUUCCUCUUCUCAUUCAGUGGUGAAAGACCUAGACUAUCCAGAGGUAGAAGAGGUGAUACCGUCGGAUUGUGAAGACGAGAGUGCCCCAAUCAGAGUUAUGAAGUGUGCAAAGCCCUCUGACACAUCAAACAUUUGCUUUAUCACUAGAACCUGGAGAAACCUUUCUCUGAGACGCACCAAACUUUUAAUGGGAAGUACCUGGUGUAGGAUAGCCACCUCUUGGGGUUUUCCCAAGACAGCUGACACCAUCUACGGUUAUAAAACAAGAACUACAAGUUCUUCUAUAGCUCAGCCAAAGCUUCCAGAGCUUUUUCUAGAGAACCAGGCCCUUGGACAAGUGACAGAACAUCAGAUACGUGUUGGGGCAACGGUUGCAGACACAGAUAGAGAUCGCAUUCUUUUUUCAUUAAAGCAAACAGACAUGUGCCUUGUUUGCAUUGCUUUUGCGUCUUGGGUACUAAAGUCAAGCAACCCACAAUCUACAGACAUGUGGAAAGCAGCUCUUCUGGCAAACGUGAGCGCGAUAUCUGCCAUCCAGUACUUGCGGCGAUAUGUAAAAGAAGGAUGAACCAUAAAAAUCUAGUAUUAGAGCUUUCUGAGGAUUUCUCACAAGGGGCCAGUGUACAGAAAAGGGUUAAUUUUGCACAAAUUCACAACAAACACUUUAGUAAAUACACAUGUUAGAUCUUAUUCCAUAUUUACUAACAGUCAAAUAUUUUCAUGUUUAAUAUAUCCAUGUUACAAAAUAGGUGUUCAAUCAAUAAAUAUCUUAUCAAAGGACAAUUUUGUUAAAGAAAAGCAUACAAAACAAAGAAGGAAACAUUCUGGGGUUUUUUUCUCUGUACAAACACAUGUUUAGUUAGAAGACAUAUAUUGCUUUAGAUAUUAUGUUGAUAUGGACCAGAAAUGAACACUGGUAGGUUUUGCGUCAGUUAUAUUCAGGACUCAAGCUGUUCUAUACAUAUUUAUGUUAUUCACAAGUAAACUAUUUUACAGUGUACAUAUAAAAAACAUUUCCACUGAUAAUCACUCUAGAUGUAUCUAUUAAAUGCAAAAAAAUUAUUUGGCCAAAAAAAAAAAAAAGAGUUAAUAUAGUUUUUCAGUGAAGAAACCGGUUUGAGUUGUUUCAUGAAGAAUAUAAAUUUGCACAUAAAAUAUAGUUGGAAGUUAUCGAGGUAUCAGAAAGUGCCAGAAAAAUAUGACUGCUGCUGAAUGUCAAAUAUUUCCAUAAGACAUAAGCAAAGACUGAUGUCAGUGUGACAAAUGUAUAUAAAACAGCCCCAAAAAAUUAUGCUUACAAAAGACUAAUUAAUAUAUAUUACUAAAAGAAAAUGCACUGAUGGAAAAAAUACUGAAAAUAUCUGUUAAUCUGUUAAUGGAUGAGUAAAAAUGAUACUAGCUGUUUGUAAUAAUCAAGCAUUUAUCAUUGAAAUGAAAGUUUUGAAAAAACUGUAAGGUAAUUGCAACCAGACAAUACUGUGCAUGUGAAGACAAGUAUGCAUAAAGACAUGGAUACUAAAAUUAGAAUAUAUUUCCCAUUUAAAAUAUCCGUAUACUUUGUAAAAUGCUACUGCAAAUGUUUAGUGUUAACUUGAAGAAAAUAAUGACUUUUUGGCAGUUUUGGAAAAAAGUUACCAUCAAAGUUCCAAUAACGGCAUUAACAGAUAACACUCUUCAAUUGUCUGCUUUAACACAUACAAAACAAUGGCACUGCAUUUAAUGUUUUCUAUUGUUAUUUUAACAGUUAAUAGUAGUGCACAACAAUACACUUGUAUUGCAUUAAACCAUCACAAAAUUA